CCUGUCAACACAUUCGGUGUGUAGCCUAUAUGAUGAGGGAGAGGGAGAAAACGAGAGAUGGACGUUAAGUAACCAACAGUAACCAAUGACUGCAGCUUGUUUCUUGUGACCGCGCGCGGCGUCAGACCUGCUGCGCUCGCGACCGAGAAGUGAACGCUUCAGGCGACGCCACAGACCCGCUCCCCCGUGCACUACACCCAACAUAGGGGUCGUUCUCUGUGACUCGGUGUCUGUUCUUUAGAGAUGAAAACACUUCGGUGCCAAUAAUCAUCCCUGGAUUUCCCUGGCCUUAUGUCGACAUGGCAACAGGAAGGAAAAGCUCCACUUCAAAAGGUGGAGUACGUUUCCCUGAUGAAGAGGAAGAUGCUCCCAUGAACAACAGCUGUGAUGAGAAUCUCCAGGAUCAAGUCAUUGCUGCUCUUCCAGAGUCUGAUGGCGCAUAUCUUGUGAAGGCCGGAUUUUUAAGGAGUCAUCACAAAUAUGAAAUCGUCUUCUCUUUGCCGCAAGUCCCAACGUUGGGCAAAGAUGUCACCCUUUCCCCUGCACUCCGUGCCACGGCCAAACCACGGCUACGUGCAACACGCAUCACACCACGGGCAGAGGGUGGCGUGAGGGUGGUUUGUGAGUACAUCGCUCAGCAGGAGGGAGUGGUGCAGGAGGAGCUCACCCUGGUCAACAGAAGCAGACGCGACAGCAGCGUCCGGGUCAGACUACAGGCCAGAGUCAUGGAGCGCCACCAUGGGACGCCGAUGUUACUUGAUGGAGUGAGAUGUGUUGGUGAAGAAAAACACACAAAAUAAUCAGACAAAGAAGAAGUAUAGAUGUAAAUGAUACGAAUAAUGAAUGCCCGUGUGAAUGUACCUCAGACUGUGAACACCCUGGACAAUCACAGCUUCAACACUGACCACCAAUAAUAUCACUAACUCAACUUUAGUUUUGAACAGAUUAUACAGAUGAUGGAAUUUUAUUAUAGUAGAAUUAUAUUGAAAAGCAAUGAAAAGCGUAAAGCAAUAUACCAAUGCUUUUGGCUUCCGAUAAAGGAUAUGUCACAUGUUAGUUCAGCUGUGUGAUGUUUGUUAGCCUGAAUGUGAUUAAUAACUAACUGACUAACAUUCCUUGUUAGAGUAAUUAUACAAGAACGAAAACAAAUAUAGCUUAGAUGGUUACUGUGUUAAACUGAGAUGCGUUUCAAGAACACUCCGCCUGCUUUAUUUAUGAACUGCAUCUCAUUAUAUUAAUGCCUGUGGAAUAUAUAAUCGUGUGCAUAAUAUACACUGUAUACUAUGCAUGAUUAUAUCUAGCUAUGUGUCAUCCUAUAGCCGACAUACUUUGCUCCCAUCAACAUCAAUCAUCAGUCAAUCCACGAGAUUUGUUGAUAACAUUAAAUACUGCACUAAAUACAGCAUUUGUUGACUGGUUAAAUAUGGGUGUUGUAUUUAAUGCAAACACAACUGUAUUCUCAAAGGAACAGUUCACCCCAAAUAAAUAUAUAGAUAUAUUAAUAAAUUGCUGUUUAUUUACAUUCAGUGUUGGCCAUCCAAGAUGUAGAUGGCUUUUUUUUCUUCACCAGAACAUUAAAGAUGAUUUUCAGCUGAAACUGUGGUCAUUCUGAUUCGUAAAAUAAGGUCGAAAGCACAGGUAAUCAUUUAGUUUUGGCAGUUUCUAUAUAGUCAAUAUAUUAUACAGUGGUUUGUUGACCCCUCAUUAAUUAAGCGACUAAGCUGAAAAGAAAAUGAAUGAAUAAAUAAAUGUAAAUCACAUGUAAUAUCAUGAUGACGCAUGCAACACUAAGCUGUCAAGGUUUUUAAAUCUGCUAGAGGGAGCUUCACUUUAAAUGUAAACAUCUUACUCAAACGAUAUUUAUUGUUGUUAUAUAUAUAUAUAUAUAUAUAUAUAUAUAUUUUUUUUUUUUUUCUCUUUUUACUUGGAAAAAGUUUCCCCUUUCCCUUUAAAAGCAAACUCCCUCUCAACUCCACGAGAUUUGUUGAUAACAUUAAAUACUGCCCUAAAUACAGCAUUUGUUGACUGGUUAAAUAUGGGUGUUGUAUUUAAUGCAAGCACAACUGUAUUCUCAAAGGAAUAGUUCACCUCAAAUAAAUAUAUAGAUAUAUUAAUAAAUUGCUGUUUACUUACAUUAAGUGUUGACCAUCCAAGAUGUAGAUGGCUUUUUUUUCUUCACCAGAACAUUAAAGAUGAUUUUCAGCCGAAA